GGUAUUUAUUAUUAUUCUUAAAGAAGAAACAUUUUCUUAACGAAUCCUUUCUUGGAUACGUCACUGUAUGUGUGUGUGUGUGUGUAAGUGUCUUUAUUGGAUGUGUAUAUGUGUGGAUUGCUCAGAAACUUCUCGUGAAAGUUUUCCGUGCUACUACAACACAACAUCGGUGUGAUAUAUAACUACUAUUACAAACCAACCCAAGUGUUUCAAAGGCAGCACAUACUUAAAAAACACAAAUAACUGGAUAAAUCGUGAAUCCUGAUUUGUUGGAUUUGACAUAAGUUGUUGAGGCAGGUGCCAGGGAAAAUCGUCAAUGCAGAUCCUGCAAAAUUAUUGACGGUGGAGAGAAUGAUCUUGGCGUUCGUGAUCCUUUUACCCCUUGUGGGAAUAGUCACUGCUCAAGGAUUGAAGUGCGGUCAUCCUGCAGUGCCGAUGAACGCCAAAGUGUCACUGUCCGAAGAAUCCUUGACAGUAGGCACUAUAGCAAAAUAUACUUGUGAUGCUGGAUACGAAUUAUUUGGAACCAACACGCUUACUUGUGGCAAUAAAGGAAAAUGGCAAGGUGAUUUGCCAUUUUGCGGUACAAACGUAGCAUUUCGAAAACCAGCAAAUCAAUCAACAACUGUCAGAGGUGGAAACGCAGGACAUGGAAACGAUGGUGAUCAUAGUACGGAACACGAUGGUAAAAGAUGUACAGAGACCUUGAGUGAACAUAGUCCUUGGUGGAGAGUUGAUUUACUUAAAUCAUACUCAGUUAAAGUGGUCAGAGUUACAACAAGAGGUUGUUGUGGUCAUCAACCUCUUCAGGAUAUUGAAAUUAGAGUUGGUAAUAGCAGUACAGAAUUACAACGUAAUCCUCUUUGUGCAUGGUUUCCUGGUACAAUUGAGGAAGGUAUUACGAAGACGUUUGUCUGUGCCAGAGCUUUGGUUGGUCAAUACGUUUUUUUGCAACUUGUUGGAGUAGAAGGAAGUUUGAGUUUAUGUGAAGUUGAAGUUUUUGCCACUGAUGAAUUCUCAAUAGACAGGUGUGCAAGUGCUGGAACACCUGCUGACGCAGAUCUAGCAGCAUUUAAUUCAACCUGUUACGAAUUCGUAGUAAAGAAAGGUGGAUCAUUUCAAGAAGCAAGAACUUAUUGUCGUGCACGUGGUGGUGACCUGGUUCAUGGUUUUCAAGGUGUCUCACCGAUAUUUAUUCUAAACAAUUUAGAAAGGCGUAAGGAAAAAUUGAAAACACAAUUGGUAUGGAUUGGUGCUCAGAAAGAACCAUUGAUAACUGCUAGAACUUGGCGAUGGGUUGACGGUGAAGUCGUGCAAAGACCGUCUUGGGGAAAGGAUCAACCGAAUAAUUACAACGGUGAACAAAACUGCGUUGUACUGGACGGUGGUCGUGGUUGGCUUUGGAAUGACGUUGGUUGUAACCUUGACUACCUUCACUGGAUUUGUCAAAGCAGACCACCACUUUGCGGUAGUCCAGAAAAAUUAGAAAAUACAACGAUAAUUGGUACAAAAAGGAUAAUAGGAUCAACUAUAGAAUAUGAGUGUCCUGAAGGUCACAUGCUUAUUGGUUCAAAGACACGUAUUUGUGAAUCCAGUGGAUUUUGGAGCACCACACCUCCUACUUGCAAAUUCGUCGAUUGUGGCCCCUUACCUGAGCUUGACAACGGUGUGAUCACGUUGUUAGAAAGCAGAACGACGCAUGGUGCAUUGGCCGAUUAUACUUGCAACGAGAAUUAUACGCUUGUUGGUGACACCAGAAGACGAUGUGGUGACGGGGGUAUUUGGAGCGGACAUAAACCACAAUGUUUAUUCGAUUGGUGUCCAGAACCACCAGAAGUUAACGGUGGAUUGGUCACAAUGACCGGAAGAAGAGCCGGUUCUAUUGCAAGUUAUUCCUGUCAAAAUGGAUUUAUUUUAUUUGGUGACAACGUUUUAACUUGUGACAUUGGUGGUGAAUGGUCUGGAAAAGCACCUCAAUGUCGUUUCGUUGAUUGUGGAACACCCGCACAAAUUGAAUUUGGUAGUGUCAAUCUUGUCAAUGGUACUACAACUGUUGGAAGUUUAGCUGUUUAUACCUGUCAAGAUGAUUAUUGGUUGGUUGGUGAAGGUAAACACGAAUGUACCAAAGAAGGAAAAUGGAGUCACGAUACGCCAUCAUGCGAAUUAAUAACGUGCGAGGAACCGGAAGUACCAAGUGGAAGUUACGUAAUCGGUUACGAUUUGAAUGUUCAUAGCGUGAUAGAGUAUCAUUGCGAACCAGGUAACCUACUUCACGGAGAAGCAACGCAUACUUGUGGCAAAGAUGGCGAAUGGACCGGGGAAGUACCUACUUGUGAAUACAUCGAUUGUGCCAAAGUUUUACCUGUACUUAACGGUGCAGUUGAAUACGUAAAUGGUACAACUCACCUUGGAAGUGAAAUAACUUAUGGUUGUACUAAGAAUUAUCGAUUGAAUGGGGUUUCUAGAAGAUAUUGUUUGGAUAAUGGACAAUGGAGUGAUGCCACACCAAAAUGUGAAGAAAUCAGAUGUCCCGAGCCAGUAUUAGCAGAACAUGGUAUACUUUCUGUAACUGGUAACGAUCGUAUGUAUGGUAGAACCUUGAUACGUACUGGUACAGCUGAAAAUUCAAAUACCGGAGCAACUUCUUACAAGAUUGGUGCAUUAGCUAAAUACAGAUGUGAGAGGGGUUACAAAGUUGUUGGAGAACCACUGUCAACAUGCGAGGAUAAUGGCAAAUGGAGUGGUGAAGUUCCACAAUGCGUUUACGUAGACUGUGGAAAACCUGAACAUAUACAACACGGUCGAUACACUUUAACAUCAAAUGCUACGUAUUACGGUGCUGCAGCACUCUACGAAUGCGAUGGAAACUUUGAAUUGGAUGGUUUUGCUAGGAGAUUAUGUUUGGAGAAUGCUACAUGGAGUGGUACUACACCUGUUUGCAGAGAAAUCAGAUGUAAGGAUCCAGAAAAAGGUGGUGUAUUAUCAACACAAGUAUCAACUCAUAGCGUUGGUGGUGUUGCUCAUUACAGUUGUCCAAAAGGUUUUUACAUGGAAGGUAACGAGACAAGAUUUUGUUUGCAAAAUGGAACUUGGAGUGAUACCACUCCUGCUUGUUUUUCUAUUGAUUGUAAACAUCCAGGAUCAAUUGAAAAUGGUAGAGUUAUAGUUGUAAAUGGUUCAACUACUUAUGGUGGUGCAGCUGAGUAUCAUUGUCUUCCUCAAUUCGAAAGAAUAGGACCUUUCCUCAGGAAAUGUUUGGAUACAGGUUAUUGGAGUGGGGAUGAACCUAAAUGCGAACUAAUGACGAAUGAAGUUGCUGAAGCUCAAGGAGUUGGUACAAGUGUUGGUAUUGGAGCUGCAGUGAUCAUUUUCAUCCUAAUCAUCUUAGGACUGGUAUACUUAAGACUACGAAAAGCUACACCUGUAAAAAAUACAGAAAAUGUUCAAGCAGCUGAAAGAAAGGAGGAUCAAAAUGCAGCUGUUAUGUCAUACGCAACCUUGAACGAUGGGACACCUAAUACAAUGUAUGAAAAUGUACCGGAAGAUGGUCUUUAUGAUAAUCCCUAUAGCAUAAGUGGUAGUAUGUAUGGAUACGGAAAUACCCGAAGAGUUUAUGGUAGAUCGGGUCAUUACGAAGCUGAACCAAUAUCCAAUAGAAAUGGCAUAACUAUCAAUGGUGUUUCUGUACGAUAGUUAUGUUAAAUUUAAAUAUAUGCUAUUUGUAUAUUGUUUUUUUUUUUUUUUUAUUUCUGAAGAAAAAUC